AAAAGUCAAAAUACAAAACAAAAGGGGGCAUUAUCUCAGGGGUCUAAGCGGUGCGACUCGACGACUUGUUGAAUGGUCUGUUGGUGAAAAACCCUAAUUUUCCGAUUUUGCUACUCUAGGGUUACGCCCUCGCCUUUGCUUCAGAAAAUGGCGGAGUCUCCUCGUAAAAGAUAUUCACGAUCUGCUUCUCCAUGGAGAGCUCAGUCUAGAUCAAGAUCCAGGUCCAGGUCUAGGUCUAGGCCUCGGUCUAGAUCCAGAUCCUGGUCGAGGCCCAGGCCUCGGUCACGGUCCAGAAGUCGUGGCAGAUCAAGGUCCAGAAGUCAUGGCAGGGGUGAGGAUUUAAACCCUGGAAAUACACUUUAUGUGACAGGACUUUCUACAAGGGUUACAGAAAGGGACCUUGAAGACCACUUCAAUAAGGAGGGCAAGGUUGCUUCAUGCUUUCUUGUGGUGGAGCCUCGUACACGUAUUUCCCGUGGUUUUGCAUUUGUUACAAUGGACAGUGUUGAGGAUGCAGAGCGGUGCAUUAAGUAUCUCAACCAGUCAGUCCUAGAAGGCAGAUACAUAACUGUGGAGAGGUCCCGGAGGAAACGUCCAAGGACUCCAACACCAGGGCACUAUCUUGGGUUGAAAAGUACUAGAGACUACGGCUAUCGAGGUGAUCGUGAUCGUGGUAGAUAUCGUGGAGGCUUGGGUCGUGAUGAUUAUGGCUAUCGUAGGUCUCCAAGACGGUCACCUUACAGAGGAGGCCGUGAUUAUUCUCCCCAUGGUGGAAGGUCAAGAAGGGACAGGUCCAGGUCACCACUUCAUUCACCGUAUGGUAGCCCAGAAAGAAAGUAUGUUAGAGGCUCUAGGUGAGGCUGGCUAUGAUGAUUUUGUUUCAGGAAGAAUGUGUGAAGCCUGGGAAGCUCUAUGGCAACAAUGACGAUUGUGGUUCAGGAAUCAGGAGUUUGUUGUUAGUAGUAAUUCUCUUUCGUUUGAAGCGCUGUUUUGUUUUUAGUGUUAGAUUGCUUGUAUGAAGUAGUAUGGUUGCUGGUUUUGAACGAUGUUAGUACAUUUCGUGGCUUGGUUUGGUUAAGGCAGUUAGUAGUCUCUAUCAGACUUGGUUUAAAUUGGUCUUUGCACGCUUUCUUUUAAUGUUUCUAAUACUUAUAAAAAGGGGCUGAUUACUCC